AUCGUCCAGGCCGGGCGCAGUCCGUCGAUCGCCAAGUCAUUGCCGCGCCAAAAAGAGACGAUCACCAGGCCAGAAUCAUCCGGUCUGAUUUGCGGGGGAGUCCGACCCUUUGAAGACUUAUAAAAGACGUCCACCACCGGCUUGCUUUCUUCCCUCCUCACACACAAAGAACAUAUCGUAUCACACAAUUAUUUUCUUUAUCCAGUAUAUCAUUAUAUUCCAAACCACCAAUCAUCCUCAAUCAUCAUGCAGUUCUCUCUCCUCCUCUCGACCCUCCUGACAGUCACCAUCUCCACCGUGCUGGCUCUCCCCACCGGCACCGGCAACCUCAACAACACCCGCCUGGCCCAACUCCGUGUUUACGGCGCCCCGGGCUGCUCGGAGCUGAACCUGGGCGAACUGGGUAUCUACGGAGACUACCUCAACCAAUGCGGGACCUUUGGCGACGACACGAUCCAGUCCGUCAGCUUCGAAGCACACGUCGCCGGCUACAGUGUGCAACUCUUCAAUGACAAUGCCUGUUCCUCCAGCCCAUACAACAUGACCGUCGGACAAUGCCUGAGCGGGGAUGACUCGGGAUAUGCCAGCUACAAAUUGGUGUCCAACUAGUCCCGGCCGGGCAACAUCCAGCACACUGCCACUGCGCUGCCCUCCUCGUGGUGGGCCUGGUCGAUAUGAUGAAUGCUUAAUGUAAAGAGUAAGCAAUGAGGGCAAGGCUUGAGGAGACACUCAUAAUAAUGGUUUUCGAAGACGGACGAAUCAUGAUGAUGAUGGAUGGAUUUAUGCAUAUUUUGUCAUGAAAGAAUGUUGUAUAGUACUUUACUUACUUGAUCG